AUGGCAGCACUCGAGCCGAAGGAGAUUGAGGCACUGUUGGCGACUUGGGAUGAGGCUACGGCGCCUGUAGACGCUCGAGAGAGAGAAGAUCCAUUGUUGUUUGCGUCUGCACCAGAAAUUGUUGCUUUGUAUAAAAACCAGCAGCCUAAGCAGCAUGACAUAAAGGCCAUUAAAAAAUUUAGUCACCCAUGGGACCACGCAGACUUUUUGGCACGAGUCAGUAGCUUCUCUAUCGCUACAUGGUUCGCUAAGCCAGAAAUAAUCAAUGCAUUUGAAUGUUCCCGUUUUGGAUGGAGGAACUCUGGUCCCGAUAUGCUGUCCUGCAUUUGUUGUAAACAAAUUUUGUGUUUCAAAAUUGACAACAGACUAAGCGAAUCCGGUGUACUCAAUGUGGCCAAAAUAUUUGCCCAGCAGCUGAUCACUGGUCACACAUUGCUUUGUCCAUGGCGAGGCAAUCCAUCCCCGGUAGCAUUCACGAUGCUGCCGAUAGCAUCCAAGCGUCAAGUUUAUGAAGGUUUUAUGGAUCAACUGGAGAAAUUUGUGGCACAGAUGCUUGAGGACGCUGAGCUACUGAAGCUUGUUGGAAACAUAAAAGUUUUAGAUGAGGUGACAGACAAGAUAUUAAAUGAAGUGGCCGCUAGUGAUGACAGUAGAAAUGUGUUAACCACGACAACACUAGCAUCAAAGCUGUCGGCGAGUAUUUAUCUGCAAAGGGAUACACCAGUGAGCCAUGAAGUAUUAGUUAACGCUACAUUUAUUGUUGGGUGCGGAUGGCAAUCAAAAGUUAUGGACCAUGUUGUCUUAUUAAAGUGCGGCUUUUGUAAUCGACAUUGGCAAGCUUCUCCGGCAAUCACUAGCAACGAGAAUGACGAUGAUAUGUCUGAACCAAAAGUAAAGCGCUUGAAGCUUGCCACAUCAAAUGCUGUUGAUCUACUUUCGCAACACCGACAAUUUUGUCCCUGGAUUACGGGACGAAAACUAGCUGGAGCUGAUGAAGUUGGACAUAUAGAUCUAAAGCUGUGGGAGUUUGUGAGACUACCGGGCUGGCGACAGUACGCUCAGUGCCUCGAACUCCUCAGAGAUCCAGAUGAUUGCUCCCUCGUAGCUGAUGAUUCGUCGAAUAUUAAAAAAAUCACACAUUCUGAUCCUGCUGUAAUGUUAAGGUCGGUGCAGGCUGUGCUUGGCCUUUAA